GGGGAGGAGGCGAGAACAUGGCUUUAAAAUAUCCCGGGGCCUCUUCGCUGCCGGGCACGGGGCUGAGCGGGGGCUGCAACCUCCUCCGCUCCCACCUCCAUGGAGUGCACCUUUGAAGACAUGCUGCAGCUGAUCAACACGCCGGACAAUGACUUCUCGGGCUUGUUCGACUCACCGUUCAGUGCCCCGGACAGCGCUGUGCCCCCGGGGCUUCCCUCCACGCCGGGCACCCUCAACACCUUCCUGGCUCCCAGCAAGCCGCCCCCCACCGCCCCCACCGGCAGCGCCUUCGCGGGGCCCCCCGGCAUGGGCGCCUUCACCCCGCCGCCCCCGGCCCCGCUGCUGCCGGCGCCGUCCCUGGGGGUCAAGGAGGAGCCGUCGGUGGUGCCCAGCAGCCAGCCCCAGCCCCAGCCCCAGCCCCAGCCCGGCGUCAUGCUGGCCCCCAGCUUCGUCCCUGCGUCCCCCAGCCCGUUCAGUCCCCAGCCCUUGGUGGGCUACCAGAACCAGCACAGCUUCUCAGCUGUGCAGCCUGGGAGUGCGGGGCAGACCCUGCCGAGCCCUCUGCCCACCCCACAACCCAGCCAGCCCGUGACACUGCCUGGCCCCGUGCAGAACAGCCCCCAGCAGCUCCUGGCCCCCGCUGCCGCCCCCAGCACCCAGUCUGUGUCACCGCAGAUCCAGUCAGUGCCGGUUCUCCUGCAGCCCCAUUUCAUCAAGGCUGACUCCCUGCUGCUCACGGCCGUCAAGACAGACGCCAGCAGUGCCAAGACUUCCACCAUCGCCUCCCUGGCCACCAGCGCCAGCGGCUCGGCCGCCCCGCUCCAGGUGCCGGCGCUGGUGAGCGGAGGGACCAUCCUGGCCACGGUGCCGCUGGUGGUGGAUGCGGAGAAGCUGCCCAUCAACCGGCUGGCGCCCAGCGGGAAACCGGCGCUGCUGCAGAGCCGCGGCGAGAAGCGCACGGCCCACAACGCCAUCGAGAAGCGCUACCGCUCCUCCAUCAACGACAAGAUCGUGGAGCUCAAGGACCUGGUGGUGGGCACCGAGGCCAAGCUCAACAAGUCAGCGAUCCUGAGGAAGGCUAUCGAGUACAUCCGCUUCCUGCAGCAGAGCAACCAGAAGCUGAAGCAGGAGAACCUCGCCCUGAAGAUGGCCAUGCAGAAGAACCAGCCUGUGAAGGACCUGGGGACCCACUGCAUCCGGGGGGCCAAGGCAGAGGCCCCCAUGGAGGUGGCGAAGGCAGAGGUGAUGGAGAUGCUGACACCGCCGCCCUCGGACGUGGGCUCACCAUCCCACAGCAGCCCACUCUCACUCAGCGGUGGCAGCAGCAACAGCAGCAGCAGCGACUCAGAGCCUGAGAGCCCCCUCUGUGCCCAUGGCAAGGUGAAGCAGGAGCACCCACCACCCUCGCCCAGCAGCCAGGGAAUGCUGGACCGCUCCCGCAUGGCCCUCUGUGCCUUCGUCUUCCUCUGCCUCUCCUUCAACCCCCUGGCCUCCCUGCUCCGGGGUUCUGCCUCCCCAGCCCCCCUGGGGAGCCAGGACACCGCUGGUCCCGGCAGGAGCAUCAUGGCUCAGUCUGGCACUCUGGAGGACCCAUGGGGGUGGACGCAGUGGCUGUGGCCCACACUGGCCUUCUGGGCCCUGAACGUGGCGCUGGUGCUGGGCGCGGUGGUGCGGCUCUUUGUCUGCGGGGAGCCCGUCACUCGCCCCCACUCCGAGCCCUCCAUCCUCUUCUGGCGGCACCGCCGGCAGGCCGACCUCGACCUUGACCGGGGAGACUUCGCGCAGGGGGCCCAGCACCUGCGCACGGCGCUCGGGGCGCUGGGGCGGCCGCUGCCGGCGUCCCACGGGGACCUGGCCUGCAGCCUGCUCUGGACCCUCCUGCGCCACCUGCUCCAGCGCCUCUGGGUGGGUCGCUGGCUGGCUGCCCGUGCCGGGGGGCUGCGCCCGGACCCCCCGCCCCCUGCCCACGUUCGCCAGAGCGCCCGCGACGCUGCCAUGGCUUAUCACCGCCUGCACCAGCUGCACCUCGCCGGGAAGCAGGCUGGGGGACAUCUGCUGGCCAUCAACCUGGCCCUGAGCGCUGUCAACCUGGCUGAGUGCGCCGGUGACGCCAUCUCUGUGGCAGCCCUGGCUGAGAUCUAUGUGGCGGCUGCUCUGCGGAUCAAGGCCAGCCUGCACCGCUGCUUCCACUUCCUGGCGCGUCCCUUCCUCUGCAGUGCCCGGCGUGUGGCCCUGUCCCACGGCGGGGCCGUGCCCCCCGCCAUGCAGUGGCUCUGUCACCCCUUGGGCCACCGCUUCUUUGUUGACGGGGACUGGGCAGUCAAGGGCGUCCCCAGGGAAACCAUCUACAGCUCCGCCGGCAACCCAGUGGACCCGCUGGCCCAGGUGACCCAGCUCUUCCGUGAGCACCUCCUGGAGAAGGCGCUGUGCUGCGUGGCCAUGCCUGAGCCCGGCCGUCCCACUGCCCAGGGAGAGGGGCGGUUCUCCGAUGCCCUCGAGUACCUCCAGCUGCUCAAUGGCUGCUCGGAUGUCAGUGGCACACCUGGCCCCACACCCUCCAUCACCUCCGGCUUGGCGGCUGUCACAGGCACUGACCCCGUGUCCAAGUGGUGGGCGUCCUUCAUCGGCAUCGUUAUCCACUGGCUGCAGGGAGAUGAGGAGGGGGCUGAGCGCCUCUACCCGCUGGUGGAGACCAUGCCCCGGGCACUGCAGAGCUCUGAGAAGCCCCUUCCCCGUGCUGCCCUGCACUCUUUCCGAGCUGUCCGUGCCUUGCUGAGCAAACAGGACGGGAGCCAGGCCACCCUGGGCCACUGUGAGAAGGCCAGCAGCUGCCUGCGGGAGAGCCUGGAGCUGGGCAGCCCCCCCAAGGGCACCAUCGACAAGGCAGUGCAGCUCCUGCUCUGUGACCUGCUGCUGGUCACCCGCACCAACCUGUGGCAGCAGCAGAUGGGGGCGAGCCAGCAGCGCAGCUGCCUCUACCAGGCGUCCGCCCUGGAGCUCCGCGGCUUCCAGCAGGACCUGAGCAGCCUGCGGCGCCUGGCACAGAGCCUGCGCCCCGCCAUGCGCCGGGUGUUCCUGCACGAAGCCACUGCCAGGCUGAUGGCCCGGGCCAGCCCCACGCGCACCCACCAGCUGCUGGACCGCAGCCUGAGGAGGAGAGGGGUGCAGGGCAGCAAAACAGCUGGCGAGCCAGAAAGCCACCCCACGGCCCGGGAGCACGCCGAGGCGCUGCUGCUGGCCUGCUGCUACCUCCCGCCCAGCUUCCUGGCGGGCCCGGGCCAGCGCGUGGGGAUGCUGGCCGAGGCCGCCCGCACGCUGGACAAGCUGGGCGACCGCCGCACGCUGCACGACUGCCAGCAGAUGAUCAUCAAGCUGGGCAGCGGCACCACCGUCACGUCGGGAUAGGUGGGGAAGGGGCCGCCAGCCCCCCGCCACCCCCCGUGGGUGCGGAAUGCAGGGUGGCGGGAGGCCGUGCCUCAGUUUCCCCGCAGGGUGACGUUAGGCAGCGGUUU